AGGGAAAUGGUGCGAAAGCGGUGGAAAGAACUCGAUGGCACUGUUUUCAGGGUGUUUGAGCAGUUUCCACAGGAUGUGAUUCAGAAGAGGCGGAAACUGGUUCCCAAGAUGAAAGACGCGAGGCGGCAAGGGAAGCGUGCGUACCUUGCUUACGACACCCUCUAUAUAGAUGGGGUACCGCAGCGCGCAUAGGGGCACGAUGACAGUAGGAUUUCUAUCUUGUCUUGGAACGUUAAUGGUUUAACAGAUUGUAAAAAAAGUAAUAUUAAUUUUGUCAAUUUAAUUACUUCUCAUGAUAUCUGUCUAUUGUACGAAACUUGGAAUAACAAGUCAAGCGUUAUUUCUCUUGAUGGUUUUAUAUCUCACAAUUUUUAUAGAAAAACUCAACACAGAAAUGCGCGUAGAUCUAGCGGUGGUGUUGUUGUUUAUUUUAGGGAACAUUUAAAGGAUGGAAUAACUAUUGUACGCAAUCACUAUAAUACUGUUAUUUGGCUUAAAUUAGAUCGUGAGUUUUUUAACAUAGAUGAAAAUAUUUAUUUAUGUGCAGCCUAUAUUUGGGGUGAAGAUUCGCCUAUGUAUAAUACGUUUAAUAUCGACCUUUUCGAAUUUUUAGAAAAUGAUAUAUCAUACUUUUCUGAAUCCGGUCAAGUAUUUAUAACUGGGGAUCUAAACAGUAGAGUAGGCAACAAACGUGAUUAUAUUGUAUAUGACUGUAUGAAUACUUUUUACGAUGAUAUAGAUUAUUGCCCUGAUCAAGUCUCUGUUAGGGCCUCUGUUGAUAAUGUACAUAAUAGCCAUGGUUGUAAAUUGCUUGAUUUGUGUAAGUCAACAGGUACACGUAUUGUUAAUGGUAGAAUAGGUGACAGUAAUAAACAUACAUUUUAUGGUCAUAACGGGACAUCCAUGAUUGAUUACGUCUUAGCUAGUGAACGAAAUUUUUCACGCAUUGUUGAUUGUACAAUAGGCGAAUUUAAUGAAUGGAGCGAUCAUGCCCCGUUACAUUUGACUCUUCGUUGCAAUAACUUUUCACCCAAACACGAGAAAUUUACUGAUGUAAAAUACAAAUGGGACAGUUCCAUCAAAGAUCGAUUUCGAACAGAAAUCAUAGCUAAAUUACCUGUUUUUAAUGAUAUUGUACGUAAUAUUGAUUAUUUGAAUAGAUUGUCAGUAAAUACUGCCAUAAACGAGUUUACUGAUACUAUCCGCAGUGUAGCGGACCCAUUAUUUUCACAUACAUAUACGUUUAGUAAUAAACCGAAGUACAUGUUCGAAGAAUACGGUAGUUUAACUUAUGCUGACUGGUUUGAUAGUGAUUGUGAGUCUGCCCGUCGUUUAUAUAUUGAUGCCUUAAAGUGUUUUAAUUUAAAUAAAUCAGACGCUAGUAGAGCAAUGCUUUGUCAUUAUAAGAAACUUUAUAAAAAUUUAAUACGGAAAAAGAAGGGAUGUGCAUACCGUACAAAAAUGUCUGAUAUUGAAAACUUAAAGAAAAAAAAACCUCGCGAUUUUUGGAAAUUUUUCAAAUCAAAGAAUAAACUAACCAGCCAUAACAUUUCAUUGGAAGAUUUUAAGUUAUUUUUUGAAAACCUUAGCAACAGUACUUUUAAUUGCAAUAAUACCGAGGCAGAGCAUUUUUGUUCCAGCUAUAAUUUUAGCGAAGAUAAUGUUGUGUUUCCAGAGUUAGACCAGCCUAUUAGUGUUGAUGAAGUUAUAUGUGCAAUUAAAAAACUAAAGAGAAAUAAGUCAGCGGGUGUUGAUUUUAUAUUAAACGAAUAUUUUAUAGAAUGUAGCGAUAUAUUGUGUAACCAUUUAUGUGAUAUUUUUAAUUGUAUACUACAAUCUGGGUUUUUUCCUGAAAAAUGGACACAUGGAAUUAUAAUCCCAUUACACAAAAAGGGCUCUGUAAACGAUAUUAAUAAUUACAGAGGAAUUACACUUGUGAGCUGUUUCUCAAAACUAUUUACUACAAUAAUUAAUAAGCGCAUCGAAUGUUUUUGUGAGAAUAAUAAUAGUAUUUCGGAUGCACAGUUCGGAUUUCGUAAGGGUUAUUCAACAAUCGAUGCUAUAUACAUAUUAAUGUCUAUUGUACAAAAAUAUAUUAAUGACAAUAAAAGGCUCUAUGUAAUAUAUGUAGACAUGAUGAAAUGUUUUGAUAGUAUAUAUAGAAAUGCAUUGUGGUUAAAAUUGUAUAAAACUGGCAUUAGAGGUAAAAUAUUGCAAAUUGUUAAAGACAUGUAUGAAAAUGUUAAAUCGUGUGUUAAGUCAUGUUCUACUUAUUCUGACUACUUCCGUUACUCAGUUGGUCUACGUCAAGGGGAAGUUAUGUCCCCUUUGCUAUUUUCUCUGUUUGUAGAGGACUUAGAGAUGUUUUUACAACAUAAUAUAGAGUCUGGAUUAACCAUUGACGAUGUUUUACUUAUAUUACUCCUUUUCGCCGAUGAUAUGGCCAUAUUGGGUAAAAAUCCAGAAGAAGUACAAAACCAUUUGGAUAAUCUGCUUGUGUAUUGUAAUACUUGGGGCCUUAAAGUAAACACUUCAAAAACUAAAAUUAUGGUUUUCCGUAAGAGGGGCCGCCUACGCCAAAAUGAGGCAUGGACAUACGAUGGCCAAAUCAUCGAAACAGUUGAUAACUUUAAUUAUUUAGGUACUGUUAUACAUUAUACAGGUAGUUUCACAUUCAACCAAGAACAUUUAGUAGGUAAAGCCCUUAAGGCUAUGAAUACUUUGCUAUACAAGUGUAAAAUGUAUGAUCUAAAACCUAAAACACUUUGCCAGUUAUUUGAUGCAUUUGUUGGUUCUAUUCUUAACUAUGCCUCCGAAAUAUGGGGUUUUACAAAGUCUAAAGAAAUAGAACGUAUCCAUUUAAAGUUCUGUAAACGAAUGCUACAAGUAAGACUCAACAGUUGUAACGCAUGUGUUUACGGAGAGUUGGGUAGAUACCCACUUUACAUAAAUCGUUUUAUAAGAAUGUUAAAAUAUUGGUUUAAAAUUAGAUUGAGUGAUAAUAUUAUUCUCCAAACUGUGUAUAAUAUGAAUGUUGUAGAGUGUCAUAAAGGAAACAUCAAUUGGGUCUCACAUAUUAAACAGUUGUUAAACGAUUAUGGUUAUGGAUAUGUUUUUAAUAACCCUAGCUCUGUGUGUGUUAAUUCUUUUAUAUGUCAGUUUAGAAAUAGACUUAUAGAUUCAUUUAAACAGGAAUGGUUUGGUACAUUAAGUAACAGUACUGUAUUAGACAUGUACAGAGUUUUUAAACCUACAAUUGUAUACGAAUCUUACUUGGAUUUGUUACCAAGGAGUUUGCGUACCCAAUUUGUUAAGUUAAGAAUUUCUGUUCACUCACUGAGAAUCCAAACUGGGAGAUAUGGGCGUAAUAAUAUUCCUCGCAACGAAAGAUACUGUGUUUGUUGCAAUAGUAGAGAUAUUGAAGAUGAGUUUCACUUUGUUUGUAUUUGUCCAUGUUUUAGUGUUUUACGACAAAAAUACCUUAAAAGUAUCACCAAUUACUGACUUCAUCCGAUAAAAACGAACUUGUCAAGUUGUGUAAAUAUAUAAAAGAAGCAUUUGUAAUUCGCAAUUCAUUUA